CCUGUCACUGUUACUGUCAACUGACAACUGUUAAUGUCAAAAUAAAAAAACAAAAGUAAAAAAAUAUAUUUAUUAUUCUAUAAAAAUUUACCAGUAAAUGCCGGUAUCAAUGAUCUACUAAAAAUUGUAGUAGAAAACUAUUAAAAUCAAUAUUGCGCAUUUAAUUAUAAUAUAGCAGCAGACAGCAUACAAAUAUGGACGAAAAUGUAUCUGUUGCCUCGCCAGCGCCCAGUAUUAUUGUUGGAAGUGAAUUGCAUUCUCAAAUUAUUGAAGAAGGACCUAGGAUAUGUCCUCUCUGCUCUUCAGAAGUGAAGCUGUUCUUCAUACAUUUAAAUGAGAAGUUGUUGAUGUGUGAAAAUACUGAAUGUGACUUUCCGUUUGGUUACGAAGAGCUCCAGUUUGUGAAAGUGAAAGAAGGUGAAGAAAUGAGUGAUUGUGUGUCUGUGCGCUCGAGCAAGCAACUGUCACCCACCAACUCCAUCAUUUCCACAACGUGCCUGUCAGACAUCGAGAGACUCAACCGAGAGGCUGAGGAUAGUCAAUCUGAAUCCAAAAUGGAAAAUCUGCAAACAAAAAUCAAAAAGAAAUCAUACAAAAAAGUCCAGUCCAGUAGAGACAAUGAGAAACAAAUAAAGAAAAAUUUGCAAGACUUGAAAGGACUGUCCGUAGAACUGAAUAGCAUGACCACUACGAGAAAUUUGAUCAAAAAUGAGAAAUGGAUUAAAAAUUUAAUGCAUCUACAAGAUCAAUCGGGAUGUAAGUUGCUACAGCCAGAGGAGCUUAAAAACUAUACUACGAGUAAGCCGGAGGAACUGAAACAUGAACUGAAGAUUGACAUCGCACCAGGGAGUAGCGGUUGUGUACCGUCUAUCAAAAUAGAGAUUGCUAAGGGCCAAUGUCCUAGUCAAAGUCACGCUGGUACUUGAAUCGUCAAAAACACCGAUUAUAUUUAACAUAAAUAUGCAUCUUGGUGUAACUUGAAUGUUUUUCAAUUGAUGUUCUGUAAAAGUCCAUAAAAGUCUGUGUACAUUAUGGUUCAAUUUUCAUACAGAUGUUUUUGGUUCUUUUGUUUCUGUUUUGCUGUAGAUUAUAGAAACUGCAGCGGUAUUACGGUGGUGCAGAAGUUUGUCACAGUUUUGCCGGAAGGCUGGAUGUUUAGAGGGAUAGUCUAAAGCAUUGGUUCCCAAAGUGGUCUUGGUGGACCACAAGGUCCACCCAGCUAGAUUUUGAUAGGGGUCUAUGGAAAGGGAUGUUCAAGCAGAUAAUGUUUGAGAGCUGAGCGUAUAUUUUGUAGUUUAGUGUUCUGUACUUAGUACCUUCAUAUAAAUGUUGAUGUAUAAAUGUUAUAGUGUAAAGGUUGCUUAAAGCUAGUGCUUUGCAUUUAUUGAAGAUUUAUUUUUUGUUUGUAUUUUUGAACCCACCAAAGAUUGUGAUGUAUUUUUAGUUAUUGUUUCCCUUAAUGGUUAUAUGGUUUUAGCAAUUUAUUUAGCUUUACAGAAUGUAAAACUUAUAUUCUGUAAUAAAGAAAGAAACAUUUUUUUUUGUAAGCAAGAUAGACAUUUUCUAUUUUGUCUGUUUACUUUGCUGUAAUUAUUUUUAUUAUUAAAUUAUUAUAUUUAAUUAUUAGACAUACCUCAAUCUUUGCAAGUUUUGUCAUAUAUGUGAAAGGUAUAAUUAUUAUUUUGUAUAAUUUUAUACUUCAUGUGAUAUUAGAUAUCUUUUUCAUAAACUCGAUAAAUAAUAAAUGUCUAAACUUUAAAUAAAUUAUGUCAA